AAGUUGAUCUUUCUGAAGAGACUUCGAGGGACCCCGACGGCUCUUAUUGCUCUUAGGAACUUUAUAAAACAAUGGCAUUAACGAAACUUCUUAACAACCGCCCGGACACUCCAUACUUCCGGCCACCCCCACUGCAUUUCAGAAUUUUGAAUUCCUGUGACCAGCAGAAGGUCAUCAGCUGGGACUUUAAAGAUGAGACCGCUAAAGCUCUUACAACAAAAAGAAACAAAGUCAUAGUUAUCACUGAUGGGGAAAGUGUGACCAAGGUCACAAUUUUCGAGGAAUUUGCCUCAAAGGUCCAGCAGGGGGGGUCUUUUAUAAUGAGAGGCUAUGAACUCAGGGGCACAGUGCCCCCUUUCUCCAUUAAUGUUACAAGUCAGACCCAGUUUUUUAGGGCUCCCACACUGAAUGUAAAGGAAGACCUUUACAAACAAGCUGAUGAACUCCUCAAUCCUCCUGCUCCUCUCACGCCUCUGAGGAUGAGUUCAGCCAGGUGCGGCCUCAUCACAGCACAGGGGGAGGUGGUGGAGUUUUCUGCUGUAAAGCAAGUGAAGGUGGGGAAAAAUUAUGUUCCCCUUAAACAUAUCCAGCUGAAGGAGGAUGGCUUUACGAUGACAGUCUGCCUCUGGAGGGAGGCAGCCAUUUGCAACUUCAACGUGGGAGACCACAUCAGCCUCUCCCACUUGAAGCGGAGUCAGUCCUCUUAUGGCAUACAGCUGCAAAGCACGGCACUGACAAAGAUUGAGGCAAAAGUCGAGGAGAGGGCUGACAUCCUUAUCAUUGGCGUGGCCAUAACAGACGUGCCAAACCAGCUGGAGGUGUUGCUGGAGGAUGGAAAGAGCCUAUAUGUUCAUAGUGAGCUGUGGAGUCCCUUUGACAAGGAACUGGAGGAGGCAGCAAUCAAAGUUACAGUUAAAAUAAAGGGAAAGCAAAUUGUAAAUAUUCAAAAAUAUCAGUGCGAAUAAUUUGUACAGUACAGUCCCUUUGUUCACUUUGUUCAGAAAUG